GGUGUGCGAUUGUGUCGAAUGUGCGUUCGUUCGGGUUCCGGAACCGUACGUGAACCGUACGAACGACUUGAAAAACAAAACGCUGCUCAACAAGGAGCCCCAGGAUCGGUGAAGGAAAUCAACCCAGUCGGAUUAUGGGCGGGUGAGAAGGGUGGCAGACGACGGUCUUCUUCGUCGUGCCCCUCCGUCACGUAUUAUUCUUGCGUCUGACGUCGCGAGUGACGGCGAGAAAAAAAAACAGCAAAUAAAAAGUGGUCCGGAAACCAAUCCGCCGACGUUGGCUGUAAAAAAUGUCGCAGAAUGCUGAACCCGUGUUGUUUCCUUGUAUUCGAUUCUAGUGUAUUCAUACUUCGUAUCGAAAGUAGCGCACUGCUUUUUUGAAGGAAGAGUAGCCCGAUUCCUGUCGGUCCGUGGUCGGAACGAACUACGACGAAGGCUUCGGGACUAAGGACCUGCUGCUGCAACACCCAGCCUGCUGCGGACAGCAAUUCUGUGUGUUAAAAAUUAUCAACAACCUGCCGUUCGAGCUUCCAGUUUCGACGUCGUGUUUAUGGCCGGGUGAUUCAUUGUGAUUUCCAUGUCACCGCUGUGAAGAAGAAAUUAAAUCUGUGCGAAAGGUGACAUUCAUUGCGCGGUGUCCUUGGGAGAAAACAAAUCGGGCGUCGCUUUUCCCCAGGUUCGUGGAAACCGGAAAAAGAGAAAGUGAAAGCCAAGGGCAGAGUGAACGGAAGAAGGAGCGUUAAGUGUGUGAAUCGAUCGGAGUUUUCGGGUGGCAGAAGAAAAGUAGCGGCGGCGUGUCCUCCGCAGCGGCUAUCGUUAGGGCGAGCAAGUUACGACGUGCGAAAAUAUGUUGCCCUUCAAUCCGCCGAUCGUGAAGCGGCUGCUCGGCUGGCGCAAGGUGCCUUCGGAUGAUUCGGCCGAGGGAAAGUGGUGCGAGAAGGCGGUGAAAAGUUUGGCGAAAAAGAUGAAAAAAUCCAGCGCCCUGGAGGAGCUGGAACGGGCGCUGAGGACGCAAAACUCGCACACCAAGUGCAUCCCGAUCCCAAGAAACCGCCCAGCGAAUGGUGAAAAUGGAGUUGCGCUAAGGAAAGGUCUACCACACGUUAUAUAUUGUCGCCUGUGGCGCUGGCCUGACCUACAGAGCCAGGCAGAACUGAAAGCACUCGACAUAUGCGAGUACGCAUUUCAUUUGAAAAAGGACGAAGUGUGCAUCAAUCCAUAUCACUAUACGCGCAUCGAUACGCAACAUCAGCAGCACCUGCAACAGCAAGCCCAGCAACAGCAGCAGGCUCAAAAUCAGCAGCCGCUCACGAUCCUGGUGCCGAAGAACCUCACCAAUCUGACGGGCGAGAAUUCCGUUACCUACACGCUGGACGACCUUAGCAAUACCGUUCCAGUGAACAUACAGUACAACGCAUUAAACGAUAACUAUGUAACCAGUCCGCAAUCGCAGCAAGUAUCAACUCAGCAGCUACAUCAGCAACUACAGCAACAGCAGCAGAACCAACAGCUACAGCAACAGCAGCAACAACAGCAGCAACAACAACAACUUUCCUCCGCACCUUGCUACAUGGAGGCGACACUCGGUCAGCAGAUACCGACCAACACGACGAUUAUGGAUUCGGUCAGCGUCGGAGUCGGGAACAUACCGAACACCGAGACGCCACCACCCGGCUACAUGUCUGAAGACGGUGAUCCGUUGGAUCAGAAUGAUAAUAUGACCGACAUGUCCCCCAUGUCACCGACCGAGAUGGAUGCCCAGCCUGUAAUGUACCACGAACCGGCGUUCUGGUGCUCGAUCAGCUACUACGAGCUGAACCUGCGCGUCGGGGAAACGUUCCACGCGUCACAACCCUCGAUUACCGUGGACGGUUUCACCGAUCCUUCCAAUUCGGAACGAUUCUGCCUCGGAUUGCUGUCGAAUGUGAAUCGGAACGAGGUAGUGGAGCAGACGCGACGCCACAUUGGCAAGGGCGUGCGGCUCUACUACAUCGGUGGCGAGGUGUUCGCCGAGUGUUUGAGCGAUUCCAGCAUCUUCGUGCAGAGUCCGAAUUGCAACCAACGCUAUGGCUGGCAUCCGGCAACGGUCUGCAAAAUCCCGCCAGGUUGCAAUUUGAAGAUCUUCAACAACCAAGAGUUUGCCACCCUCCUGUCCCAGUCGGUUUCGCAGGGCUUCGAAGCCGUCUAUCAGCUGACACGGAUGUGUACCAUCCGUAUGUCGUUCGUGAAGGGCUGGGGAGCAGAAUAUCGCCGUCAAACCGUUACCUCAACACCGUGCUGGAUAGAAUUGCAUUUAAAUGGUCCACUGCAGUGGUUGGAUCGCGUCCUCACCCAGAUGGGCUCGCCACGGUUGCCAUGUAGCUCUAUGUCCUAAAAACAAUUGAGUGUGUGUUUGUUCAUGUGUAUGUGUGACCCCUGCAACUCAUCCACGAGUGACCACAAGGGGUAGUUCUAAAUACCUCUACCUCCCGACAGUUGGUUUGGUUUGCUCUGAAAUGGGUGUUACGUUCCCUGAAGUUUUUGUGUUUAAAUUUUAUUCUCGUGAUAGUCGAUUCCUCCAUAAAUUUUCCAACAUGUGGUUUGGAAUGCUAUUUUAGUAGAGAAAGUAUCUUAUAUUUCAUAACCCUCCUUCGUUAGCAUUUCAUGAGUUUUUGUUUGCUUUAACUCGUCCAAACGGUCAGUUUAAUGAACUCUUGCGUCGUACGACGGUAGCAUAUUUCCUGGUGACAAUUCGCGUGUUUUGUUUUGUACUGUUGAUACUAUAUUAUGCUAAAUUAUGUCCAUCGCUCUAAUGAGCAAUGCAAAAUGUCCUUUUACGAAGGACUAAAAUCAUUGCCAUCCCACGGCACUUUGUGUGCAGAUUAAGGUAAUAAUUGAAAGAAGGAUGCCUUACCGUUUUGCACACAUACUUGACCCUGUUCCUUAGUAGCAUUCAUCAAAUGAUUGUUUGUGACAUUUUCGGAAUCGAUCCGAAAAACCCUUUUUGGAGAGCGUAUCCUCGCUGAAGUGCAUCUUGUUAGUCGGUUACAAAUAAAAAAUCGUCGUACAUGUGUUAUUAACUGUUUAUAAAGCAAUGGUUGAUGAUCAAGUCAAGUCCAAGAGUCGACAACAAUUAAGUCUGCCCCGUGAUAGGAAUGUAGUGUAACGAAUGUAAGCCUCCCUUUUGCGAAGAACGUCAACAUUAGUAUGUUGUUCGUUUCGAAAGUGUUUCUAUUUUCAUUGCAAGCUUCUCUCUUUUAAGUUCUCCUUGAAGUUAGUUUUCCUUUAUUAAGUUCUUUACUAACAUUAAAAAAACUUGUCGUAGACAGAUAUAAAGCCCUGUGCGACCUUUGAUAGUACUAGGGCCCCGACGGUUGCAAGUAUAAAAGACAGGACAUACAAAAUACUGAAUGGGACAUCAAAAUCGUAUGUGGAGGACGGUGGGCGAGUAGUAUACAGCACUGAACAUCGGUUGUAUACGGGUAAAGUGAGCAGCCAACAAUCGUAGUAAAUGUGAUUACGUUUAGCUGUUUGUCCAACUUCUUGUUGGAACCACAAUCAGCUAACGAAGAAAUAUGAGAAUGGAGGCGGAUGUGUGAGAUAAAAGCAAAACAAAAUGAAAAAGAAUUGUAUUUUUGAGACGUUGUAUAAAAGAGCAUGAAAAAGGCAAAAUUUAAAAAUGUAACAAUAAAUUUCAGAACAAUUGAUGAUCGGAAUAACUUAGAAUGUACGGUAUUCUCUCAAAGAGAAAAGUGGCACAAUAAAAGGAACUCUUAUGGUGAGGUACGUUUCGCGAUUAGUUCGGCAAUGAUAGUUCGAAAAAGAUUUAUAUCGACUGUACUGUUCAGCAUCUUAGUGAUACUUAGAACAUUCAGGGCAGUGCGCAGCAGCUCGUAGAGGACCGAAAGCGACACGUAAUCCGUUUGCGUUUGUUCGAUUGAUUGAUUUCUUUUGUUAGGUUUGGUAUUGCUCUACUCCACACCGGAAGGUAAUUGUCAGGAAUUUACGCCAAACAUUACAUACACAACCAGAACAGCCUAAUGGCGACGGAAGCCUCGUGGGGUUCUUGCGCUCCUUCGCCAUCUUUCUUCUACUUACCCCGCUAGGUUUAAAUUUAUUGUGCGUGAGAAAACAGUAGACUUUAAAUGAUUAGUGACGAGACGCGCAGUGCGACAGCUAACGAUAAUCGAUAACGGUUUGCAAUCUGCAGGACGGUGUUUCGUCGUUUGUUAGUAUGUAUUUUUUAUUUUGUUUUACUUUUCCCAAUCGUUAGGUUGAGUGAAUUGUGAAUGAAAAGUAGAGGAAGGCGCUGCCGGGUUAAGCGGACAGAUCGAGAAAGAGAGUGAAAAUAAACGGUAGAAAGUGAAAUGGAGAGAAGCAGUACGAUGAUCGCAAACAAAGAAGAUGGAGAACGAUCAUAAGGUCACUUGCUGAAGAAAUAAACUUGGAGUAAUAAUAA